AUGACGCUCGUGACGGCUCUGAGUCGAAAACGGCGACCAGCCUCUCCUCCACUCCCCCUUUCAGCUCGCCGUGCCACCCCGCCUCUCUCCAAGAUACAAAAACUUAACCAUCUCUUCGACGGGACGGGCUCGCGAUCGAUGGAGUCCACCAGCACCGGACGCUCAAAGAUCAGUGUCAGGAGCCAGCUCAGGAGAGGGGUCUCCACCAUCAAAACGGUCCUGGGCUUAGGAGACAGAUGCAGUGAUAGCAGUGUCGAGCAUAAUACCGAGUCCAUGUUUCCCCUGACCCAAGGAAACAACUCUGUAUACUUCCUUGCCAAUGAAUCCGCUAUGACAUUGAUCCACCAACCUUUGAGACUUCGACUGACUGCAAUUGCGGACAGCCCAGAAGAAGAUGGGGACACAUCUGCAUCGCCAACUACUAUGAGCGCUCCGAUCUCUCCGGGGUCGCUCGACGUCGCUGAAAAUGAAGACGACAACCCAUACGACUCUCUCAGUACCAACAGCCGCAGAGAGAUUUUCCGGAGUCAAUCUGCCCCUGGACUUCAGCGCCGCAUCAGCCAGAAGUUCCAUCAAACCUUUGGUAACGGGAACUCGACCGUGAUCAAAAGGUCGGAUUUACGCUCGAGACCCAGCGUUCAGACUCUGUUACAGGAAUCAGCCGUGGCGUCCGCUACGCCAUUCUCAUCUACCCUUUCCACAUUUAACAGCAGCACCUUUUCCUCCGUUCGUCGAGAUGCAUCGACGCCGCCGACUUCUGAACCUGUGACGCCGUCGACAAUUGUCCACCGUGGGAGCGUCGAUUCAUGUGACAUGAACCACCAAACAUUCGCAGGAGAAUGUCGCUUGCUCAGCCCAAUUCCGGAAAGCUUCAGUUUUCCCUUCGUUACCAUCAAAACUGUCGAAGCCGCUGCGACAACAAGAAUCUUCCUCGAGCUCCACUUCAACUCAUUGUUAAACUGUAGCUCGCCUCGAGAAAUACGGGCCAACGAAUUGGAGAUGCGGAUGCAUCAACUCCGCCUGCCUUCAGAUCUUCGGGAUCGAGCUCGCAAAGCAUGGGAGGUGGCUGAGAGCGAGAAUCUCCGGCAGCAUCGAGUGUUGAAAAACACAACCAACCAAGCGAAAGCAAGCCAAGGGGUCAGCGUCGGAGGCUUUGAAGUGAUUAAUGUCCUCGGGAAGGGCAGCUUUGGGGUCGUUCGCCUGGUCAAGGUCAAAAACAGCCGGGAUGGGUUGCAAACACCCGAAACUAAUGGGGCCAACAAAAUACUGAUCAAUGUACCUUCUUUGUCUAACCUGAUGUCUCCCGGCAGGGUGUUAUCUGGUGGCUUUUUCAAUAACAAACGUAGGGAUAUCAUCAAGGCCAGGAAGGACGUCUAUGCCAUGAAAGUCAUCCGCAAGUCCGAUAUGAUUCGGAAUGGACAAGAAGGACAUCUACGGGCCGAGCGCGAUUUUCUCGUCGCGGCCGAGGGGUCGAAAUGGGUCAUUCCGCUGAUUGCUGCUUUUCAGGACCGCAAACACUUGUAUCUUGUGAUGGAAUACUGCAUUGGGGGCGAUUUUCUUGGGUUGCUCAUCCGCAAGAACGUCCUCAGCGAAGAGUUCACCAAGUUCUACAUUGCGGAGAUGAUUCUCUGCGUCGAAGAAGCCCAUCGCAUGCGGUGGAUCCAUCGAGAUGUGAAACCAGACAACUUUCUCAUUGCAUACGACGGUCACCUGAAGAUUUCAGAUUUUGGCCUGGCUUUUGAUGGCGACUGGUCCCACGACCAAAGGUUUUAUCAAAAGAAUCGCCACUCACUGUUGGAUGAUUUAGGGAUUGUCGUUGACGGCGACGAGCAGGACAAACAAGAGAAGGACGAUCACGCAAUCAAGAAGCAUGGGAAGGAAGAUUCGACUCACAAGGAAGAACCCGCACCUGGAGAGGCAAUCUUGGAGUGGCGCAAUCGGUCGCAACGUCGACGUUUGGCCCGUUCAGUCGUCGGCACUUCGCAGUACAUGGCUCCCGAGUGGAGCAUCGCGAUCAUCAUGUAUGAAUGCCUGUUCGGUUUCACUCCUUUUGCCUGCGACGACCGCCAUCAAACCAAGCUCAAGAUUCUGCAGCACAAGAAAACGCUGGUGUUUCCGCGCGGAGACGAUGCUUCGGUACCGAGCAUAGAAGCAUUGGACCUGAUGAUGCAAAUCCUUGUGGAGAAGGAGAAGCGCCUCUGCAGCCGUCAGUACGAGCACAAUGAUUUUACCAGGAAGGUUGUUGGCGGACGGCUUGUCCGAUGCGCGACAGACAAGGCUCAUCAAAAUUACCAGGGAUAUUUUGUCUACCCUGGUGACGCAGAAGAUAUCAAGCGCCAUGCAUGGUUUAUAGACAUUGACUGGGACACACUGAACCGGCAACGUCCGCCUUAUCAGCCACGCAUUAGAGAUUGGGAAGAUACCAAAUAUUUUGAUGACGAAGAACCCAUCUCCGACAUUGAUUCAGCGACAACUCUGGACGAUAGUGGCCUUGUCGUCGGGGCGGAAACUGCUGCUCCAAAUCCAAACGCAAAGCACAAGACUACUCAACUGAGCCAUCAUCACGCAGAAGGGCAGAACAUUAUCCCAUCCGCCGCCAUGAAUCUUCCUCCCAAGGACCCUCUCGGACCUGGUCGCAUCCAUGUUGCAGCGGAGCACGUCGACGGGUUGAAGAAUCCUCUCAUGCAACCACGGCUGAACGGCUGCCCAACAACCGGAGCCACGCUUGUGGGGACAGGUCUCCCUGUUGAAAGCCCUCUAGCAACCGUCAGCACCGAGAACCCCAAACCCAAAGCUAGGAAGAAGGAAAUGAAGAGACCCAGGGACAUCAUCUUGCGGGAUCCUGUUACGGGUCCACCAGCAUUGGAGACUCGGAAACUCGGCGCCUUCAUGGGUUAUGAGUAUCGUCAGCCUACAAUGGUUCCAGAUAUUUUGGAGCAGGUAUUGGCGGAAGAGAUGGAAGGAAACAAAAUCAAAUUGUAUCGGCAAGCAUGUGAUCAGAAUGACCCGGACCUCACUUACGAGAAGCGGGCGUUCAUGGAGCAUGGUGGGCAGUUGUCACCCCGCCAUCAGGCUGGGCUGAUGUGA